AUGGCUUCUACAGAUGCAAAGGAGUUGACAGGAGAUGUCGAGAAUCAAAAGCUGGCGUCAUCAGGCCCGGGAAGCUUCAUCAGUACUUCUUCGAAUGAUGCCAGUGUGGGCAUGCAGAUAGCACUGGAGAGCGAACACCAAAUCAAGUAUAGGACUUGCUCAUGGCAGAAGACGGCGGCCUUGCUGUUUUCGGAGUACAUUUGCCUCGCUAUCAUGUCUUUUCCAUGGUCGUUCUCAAUCCUUGGAAUGGUCCCAGGAGUAAUCGUCACUCUGGCCGUCGCGGCAUCCGUCCAAUAUACGUCACUGAUUCUCUGGCGCUUUUGCCUCAAACAUCCCGAAAUCCGGGACGUCUGCGAUAUCGGUCAGAUGCUAUUUGGCGGAUCAAAAGUUGCGUAUAACGCCACCGCGGUGUUCUUCAUCUUGAACAACACUUUCAUCCAAGCACUACACUGUCUCGUCGGUGCCGAACUGCUCAAUACCCUCGCUGGAGAUUCAACCUGCAGCAUCGUCUUCUCCGUCGUCACAGCCAUAAUCUGCUUCUUCAUCACCCUCCCACGUACACUCUCCGGCCUCUCGGGUCUUGGGACAUUCAGCGCCGUGACCAUGGGAAUUGCCGUCUUGUUGGCUAUCGUGUUCAGUGGCGUGCAAGAUCAUCCAUUUGGCUAUGUGGAAGGUAGUGCGCCGAUUGUGACAGCGAUACCGAUAAAGGGGACGACCUUCGUUAGCGGCAUGUCUGCGUUCUUGAACAUCACGUACACUUUCGUCGGUCAAAUCACGCUUCCUUCGUUCAUCGCGGAGAUGAAGAACCCGAAAGACUUUCCCAAAGCACUUUGGGCCGUUACCAUUGCUGAGAUGAUCGUCUUCACACUCUGUGGAGCUAUCAUGUAUCACUUCGUCGGCAACCAGUAUAUGAUCGCACCUGCCUUUGGAUCCCUCACGCCGACGUACAAGAAGAUCGCGUUCUCGUUCGCGAUUCCGACCAUCGUAUUCCUUGGAUCGCUUUAUUCUUCCGUGUCCACUCGCUUCGUCUUCUUCCGCAUCUUCAACCGCGACUCGCGUCACCGACACUCCAACACAGUCCUCGGCUGGGCGACCUGGGCGGCGAUCAUUGCCGUGACAUGGGUCGUGGCGUUCAUCAUCGCGGAAGUCAUUCCGUUCUUCUCAGACAUGCUGAGUUUGAUGAGUUCGUUGUUUGAUUGCUGGUUCGGCUUCAUCUUCUGGGGCAUGGCCUACCUCACGCUCUACCCGGGCGCCAAAAAGUGGGCGGGCGUAGGUCGCUCGUUAGAGACCGCGUUCAAUUACUUCCUCAUCGUGUUCGGGGCGUAUGUCCUCGUCGCGGGAACCUAUACGUCAAUACAAAGUAUCAUCGACAGCUAUAAUGCGGGAACGGUGGGGCCACCGUUUAGCUGUGCCAGUCGGGGGAUCUAA